AUGCGGGCGGGUCUUCCGUGUGUCGCGGUAGCAGCUACAGCCCCGCUGUGUCUGCGCCUCUGGGGCUGCGCUGCCGGCGUUGGCGGCGCGAGGAAGGGGAGGGGACCGGCGGGGCGUGUGUGCGCGCACGCGAGGGGCGCCGCGGUGCCAGCAGUUCCCCUCGCGCGGGGCGGGCGGCCAGCGUGAGCAGCAGUCGGCGAGGCCCUGGACGGCGCCAUGUCGGCGGGCGGCCCAUGCCCGGCGGGAGCCGGCGGCGGCCCAGGGAGCGCCUCCUGCCCUGUAGGGGUCUCCCCUGGCGGGGUGUCCAUGUUCCGGUGGCUGGAGGUGCUGGAGAAGGAGUUCGAUAAGGCCUUCGUAGAUGUGGAUCUGCUUCUGGGCGAGAUCGAUCCGGACCAGGCGGACAUCACUUAUGAGGGGCGUCAGAAGAUGACCAGCCUUAGCUCCUGCUUUGCGCAGCUUUGCCACAAAGCCCAGACUGUGUCCCAGAUCAACCACAAGCUAGAGGCACAGUUGGUAGAUCUGCGAUCCGAACUGACAGAGACUCAAGCAGAAAAACUUGUCCUGGAGAAAGAAGUCCAUGACCAGCUUUUACAGCUGCACUCCACCCAGCUUCAGCUUCAUGCCAAAACUGGUCAAAGUGUUGACUCUGGUACCAUUAAGGCAAAAUUGUCUUUCCCCUCUGUGGAGGAUCUGGAAAGAGAGCUUGAAGCAAAUAAAACAGAAAAGGUAAAAGAAGCUCGACUUGAAGCUGAAGUGAAGCUGCUGAGGAAGGAGAAUGAGGCCCUUCGCAGGCACAUAGCUGUUCUCCAGGCUGAAGUUUAUGGGGCGAGGUUGGCUGCCAAGUACUUGGAUAAGGAGCUGGCGGGCAGGGUCCAACAGAUACAAUUACUGGGACGAGAUAUGAAGGGACCUGCUCAUGAUAAGCUCUGGAACCAGUUAGAAGCUGAAAUACAUUUGCAUCGCCACAAAACUGUCAUCAGAGCCUGCAGAGGACGCAAUGACUUGAAGCGACCCAUGCAAGCACCCCCAGGCCAUGAUCAAGACUCUUUGAAGAAAAGCCAGGGAGUUGGUCCAAUUAGAAAAGUUCUCCUUCUUAAGGAAGAUCAUGAAGGCCUUGGCAUUUCAAUUACAGGUGGGAAGGAGCAUGGUGUUCCCAUUCUCAUCUCUGAGAUCCAUCCAGGACAGCCUGCGGAUAGAUGUGGAGGGCUGCAUGUGGGGGAUGCUAUUCUGGCAGUGAAUGGAGUUAACCUAAGGGAUACAAAGCAUAAAGAAGCUGUAACCAUACUUUCCCAGCAGAGAGGAGAGAUUGAAUUUGAAGUAGUCUACGUGGCUCCUGAAGUGGAUUCUGAUGAUGAAAAUGUGGAGUAUGAAGAUGAGAGUGGACACCGCUACCGUUUGUAUCUUGAUGAGUUAGAAGGAGGUGGUAAUCCUGGCGCUAGUUGCAAAGACAGUGGUGGUGAAAUAAAAGUGUUACAAGGGUAUAAUAAGAAGACAGUGAGUGAUACACAUGAGAAUGGGGACAUGGGGGCUUCUGGUGAAAGCCCUGUAGAUGACAGUGCUGCCCGAGCAGCUGAUCUGCACAGUCUGCAUCAUAAAAAGGCUUACUAAUCCAUCCCCAGACACACUGCUUGUCAGACUCUUUGGAAUUUGGGGCACUAGGGAAGACAGUGGUAAAGACUGCACAAGAUCAGGGAGGCUGUGUGUUGCCUAGAGAAGGGCGGGAACCUCAGGGCUUCGUGUGAACAAUUCUAAGUGCAUAAACCCCUGUUUUCUGUGGUAUACCUUAAUUAGUUAUUGCAUGGAAGGCAAUUUUGAUUUUCCUGGAAUAUAAGCACCAAAGCAUGUGUUUCCCAAAAGGGUAUUACUAGGCUCUUAAGGGCCAAGUGGAUGCUGUUUCAUUUGGUUCCUUUUCAUAUUUAACAGGACAGUGCUAACUGGAAUUUUCUAAGUAUCCUUUACAUAUAGCAGAGUAAAUGAUAUCACAUAUUCCCUAAGGAUAACUGUGGAAUUUCAGAAGACAGAACUUGACUCAGUGAAUUGUAGAAAUCUAGGUUGACAUUUUUGCUCAACUAAAAAAUUUGGUUCCAGGUUUUUUAAAAAAGUGUAUUGUAAAUUCCUGAUGUCAAAAUUAAUUCUUCAUGAUCAUUUAUUAUGAUGAGUUUGCUCUCCAGUUUAUUCAACUGCAGUACAAAAUAGUUUUCUUUAGGCAAUCCUGUAUCAAUCAAUGCUGCACUAGAAAUAGUUUUGGGAAAGUUACUGUGCAUUUUACUUUGGAUUUUUAAAGGAAACGCAGAUGAGUGUAAAAUACCUGUUCUCAAUUAUGUUGCUCUGUGUGCAUGAUAUUGGAGCAUUACACUAUGAAUGUCUAGUCUCAAAUGUUUAUUUCUGGAAUUCACGAAAGACGUUUUUAUACAUUUUGAGUUGUUCAUAAGCUUUGUCUUGUGAUAGUAAGGAAAUAUUACUAUGUCAUGAAAUACAUUGUGUUCAAACAGCAGUAUGCUUUAAGUCCCUGACUUGCCAAUCAUUUAAAAAGCCAGGAGCCAAGGUGGGCAAGAUGAGGUAAAGAUAUUUUGAUACAGUGACCGUAUUGGUUUUCACAUCAGUUUGUUUGACUAAAGCAAUAUUUGUGUGCAAACUCUGUAAAUGUGUUAGUUCUCUUGUAUCAGAGCUAAGCACAGAGUGCCUCUUCCCCUCUUUCCUGAUCUACAGACCAUUGCAAAGUCAAAAUACUAUAUUUAAAGAGGUGGUGAUGAUUUUUGCUAAGUCACUGUUUUAAAGGAUUUACACCUAAGGGAGUAGUAAAUGGGAGAAGCCUACAUACAAGGCUUUAGAAUAGCAGUAUCUUCUUUCUUGGUAUGUUUGUUUUUCCCAGAUGCACUAUAUAUUUGUUCAAAGUUAAAUCUAUAAAAUGUAUAUACUUUAUUUUGUGAUUUUGCUAUUUAUAAAUUCAGUUUUUAACUGUUGCGCAUUUAUGGUCCGUGGGUGGUUUCAUUCUUAACAAUAUCACCAUGUUAACUGGUAACUAGAAGUGCACUUGGUAUAUUGUUUCUGAUGCUGAGCUAGAUACUUUGUAGCGGAACAUUGCCUGUAAACAAGGAUAGUAUUUCCAUUGUACAAAUGAAUAAACAAGUUACUUAUUAUUGUUUGCCCCUGACAGGCUAGGCUUCUUAAAAGAAAGAUUGUUUUUUCCUCAGUGUAUUCCUCCCAUGCCAAACACAAACUCCAAUGCAUGACUUGAGAUCUUCGAAGUAGGUGGUGGCCAGUGUAUUCAUUUAGGUUAAGAGUAUCCAUGGUAACAGAUCUGAAAACAGUUUUGCUUUGACCUGAAACCAUGUUGUUCCUAUAGUCUUUCAGCAUUGCUUAGGAACGACUAUGGCCCUUUUUUUUUUUUUUCUUUUCCUUUGCUUUCCAGAGAAUAUAUGCCUUACUAUGACUGAAUUAUUAGGAAAUGUAAGCUGUAGCCCUUUGAAUUUUUUCAAGAUCUGCACAAUAAAUGAGUGAGAAGAGUUUUAGAAAAUGGAUGGGCAUUUUUGUGUGCUUGGUCUGAGAGAUUGGGUGAGAUGGUUACAAUAUAUACUUAGAAAGAGUAAUUUAUGGUUCUGCAGGUCAGUGUCCUUUACAUCUCUGCUUCUUUCUGGUUUGGAAGCAAGUGAGAACACAGUGGCCUAAGUGCUGCUGUGAGCAUCCUGGCACUUCCCAGGCCUAGCUGGGAGUUCAUUUUAAUGUGGGCUUUAGGGAUGAACUGGGUAUUUAAACUUUUCCCAAAGCACUCAGUGAAAAGUAGUUUUUAUACUUCACAUUCAUGGGAAAGAUGCCCGUAUAACACUGAAUCUUGAACAAAGCCAAAAAGUAGGGGGAAAGCUGUUAUAACGCCAUUACAAUGAAAACAUGAAAGAAAGGGGAAAUUGUUCAGUAGAACCUGAGGUGUAUAUGCACUUAACGUACAAAAUUGUCUUCUGUGGUUCUCUUUCUGAACAUAAUGGAAAUGCCACAUUUGGGCUAGGGAUUAUUGUUAAAUUAAAUUUAAGAGAGAUGAAGAGCUUGUGAGCCUGUUGAUUGGAAUUGAACAAUUAUAAGUAACACAACCUGUCCAUGGUGCUGGAAUAUUCCCCACAGCAGUGGGCUUACGUUGUUUUCAUAUUUUAAAACAAAAUACAUUGAUUCACAUGUAAGGUGAUUUAUGAUAAAUGUAUUAUAUCUAGUUAAGUUGAGCUUCAUAUUCUUAAUUAGCCUGUAAAUAAAUAUGGCCUCUUCUACAUUAAAGUGGUAUUGAUCAGACUUGAAGAAAAAUAAAUGUUUUCUCUUUCAUUAACAUUAAGUAUUUUGGUUUACUGUGGGUCCUAAGUAGCUCCUCCAACUUAUACCAACAUGUCAUGAAAUAUGCAAAAGGCUGAAUCCAGAUGCUGGGGUAGAAUAUUAUGGGGUGGGAGGGAACUGUUUAGUCUUACCUGUUUCAUCUGAUUUGGUUGAAAAUGAGGACAGCAUUGAUAGAAGUGUAAAACCAAUACUAGUAUUUGAAAGGAAAUUCUUUCCUGGCAACAUCUACGUAUAUCUAAUUUACAGUUUUCCAAAUUAUAUAUUAUUUUGGCAGACAUUCAGACUGUCUUUCAUUUUGAGCACUUAGAAAUUUGUGCCUCCUGCCACCGGGCAGCUGUGGUUUAGUUCUCACAUCUGUGAGCGUUUUGUGGGGACUGAAGCUCCUGCUUCUUAAGUUCUCUAAGGAAAAGUCUUUUCCAGAAUUCCCCCUUAGGCUGUUUGUUGCUCACUUUGUGAGCUAUAAAAAGGGACCAGCGUUUGUGUUGUUCAUCAGUGUUAUGGUUAUCACAUGAUAGUGAUAUUUUGUUUGACAAUAGAUGUUUCUCAGGUUGUCUUGAGCCAUGAGCACUCUUGCAGCACCCUUGAGAACACAUCUCUGAUAUCUCCAGCAAGAGGACGUACAGCUGCCUUGCUCUGGGAUUGUCUGUGUUCAGGCUGAAGUUGUAUUUCUUCAGGUGGCUGAAUGGCUGACCAGGACAGAGAUCCUGUGAGUCAUGGAGACUGGCAGGAAGACUCCACAUUAUAAUUCAAGUCGCAUUCACACAUUCCUCCUCCAGUCAUGCACUGGUCCAUGGUCUGGUUGCCUCCCCCCGUUUUUCUUCACCAGCUAAUAAACUUGUUGCACACAGAG